AUGUCCAAUGGGCCGAAGAAGAAACUUACCCAGAAGCUCAAAAAGACCCUUCCGGUCACAGGGCCACAAGCAAGCUCUACCUUGUAUGAGUUGAUGCAAUGGUACUGUUUGACCACCAACACCCACGGCUGCAGGAGGAUAGUGGUAUCUAAGGGUCGCUUAAGAAAAUGGAUAUGGAUUAUCCUGACUUUAAUAGCAGUGGCUCUUAUAUUCUGGCAAUGCGCUCUUCUGCUUAUGUCCUUCUACAGUGUGAGUGUCUCCAUUACUGUCAACUUCCAAAAACUGACCUUCCCGGCCGUCACCAUCUGCAACAUGAACCCAUACAAGUACAGUGCAAUUAAGGAAUAUCUGACUGGAUUGGAUUUAGAGACCAACCAAGCACUGAGGGACAUUUAUGGCUUCAACAAUCCUCUUACUCGCAGA